GCUUGUCCCUCUUUGUCCGGUGGCGACUGAAGGCCAUGAUAAUUAUGGCAAAAUUUGCGUUUUUGAAUGAAUUAUAGUUGACUGGUGGAUCAACAAGCAUACACCGAGUGAGGACUGGUUUGCUGGCAAUGACACACCAGAGAGUUUCAAUUUAAAGGACAGCAGAGCAAGCAACGGAGAAAGGUCAUAUUAGCUAAUGGCUGCCGAAUCGGGGAGACUACUGGCGGGACAAGGAAAACGAAGCAAAGCUUCACAGAUGAAGAGCCCGGAGAAGAAGAAGGCGAGGAAAUCUACGACACAGGCGGCAGGGUUCUCUCACCUCACUGAGUUUGCACCUCCUCCGACCCCCAUGGUGGACCACCUGGUCGCCUCCAACCCCUUCGACGAUGACUUUGGGCCCCCGUCUCGACCUAGUGGGGCAGGUGGACCAGGUGGAGCUCCAUUUCUUCCAAGUCCAGGUGCAGGCGGAGGAGGUGGGUAUGGAGGAGGUGGAAGAAUGAGCGUAGGCAUGGGCUUCAUGGGAGGCCCGGCAGGACCAGGCGGCGGCCAGCCUGGGCGGAGGCCACCAUUCGGCCCUCCAGCUAACGCUGGACCUCACCACCAGCUAGGCUUUGGAGGAAUGCCUGGCUUUGGGGGGGGCGGUGGGAGCGGCAGUGGGGGAGGAGGAGGAGGAGGUGGUGGAUUCCCCCCUGGUGGCCCUUCUCAGUUCAAUAUACCACCAAACUUCAGUCCACCCAUGCACCCUGGACCAGGAUUCAACCCCAUGUUGUCUCCAGGAGCUAUGGGAGGUCCCGGAGGAGGUGGGCCACCCCACCCUCGAUUUGGUAUGCCUCCACAGCAGCAGCACGGACAGGGUGGGCACCCAUUCAACAGCCCCCCAUUACCUGGUGGUGGAGGCCCCAGAGGGCCCCCACAUGGGCCCAUGCCUCCCAUGGGUGGCAUGGGGCCUGGUCCAGGGAUGAACAUGAUGAGUGGCAUGGGUGGUGGCCCCGGAGGCAACAUGGUGGGAGGCUUACCAGGUAUGCCCCCUCAAGGACAAUUCCCUCCCUCACAGGAUGGCUCCUAUCCUGGCCCUAGUCCACCAGGACCAGGCAACGAGGAUGGAAAGAACUUCGGGGGCGGAGGGCCACCGCCUGGGCCUCAGCAGCAGCAACAGCAGCAGCAGCAGCAACAGCUUAACCUAAAUCCCAAUGGCCCCCCUCCUAAUAAUACCACUCCUGGCCCUCCUCCUAACUCUGGCCCACCACAGCCUGGGGGAGGCUUCCCUGGCCACCCUGACGUCCAGCAGCCCAAUGCCAACACAUCCGGUCAGCCUCCCUCAGCACCACCACAGCAUAACCCCAACUCCUCUCCAACUGGUCCCCUGAAUGGAUCGGGCCAGCCCCAGCAUCCACCACCCAAUCAGCUCCAACCCCCCAGCAAUACAAACACCCCCAAUUCUAACAACUCUACGCAGCAGCAGCAACAAUCCACUCCACCUAACUCUGCCCCUGGCUCCACCCCUCACAGCCAGCAGAACAACACUCCUGGUGCUGGUGGUCCCAUGUCAAAUGCUGCUUCUAAUUCAGGUCAGAACAGCAUGACCAACAACAACGGAGGCAACACUCCUGGCAGCAACCCCAAUCCCCCCUCUAACUCCACCUCGACCCCGAACACCCAGUCUCCCCUGCCCCCUGGCCCUGCCGCCCCCUCGACCGGGCCAGGUUCUGGCCCCGGAAAACCCGGGGGCCCGGGGAUGGUAUUUCCUUGCGGUCUCUGUAUGGCAGAGGUGCAUGACGACCAGGACGCCAUCCUGUGCGAGGCAUCGUGCCAACGCUGGUUCCACCGUGACUGCACAGGUCUGACAGAGCCAGCGUACGGGCUGCUGACUCGAGAGAGCGCCGCUGUUUGGGCCUGUGACUUCUGCAUCAAGACAAAGGACAUCCAGGCUGUGUUUGUGCGCCAGGGAUUAGGCCAGCUGGUGGCAGCUAAUGAGAGUUGAGGAGUGGAUGACAAAGGAGCAGCGUGGAGGUGCAACGCGUAAGGACAAAUAGAGACAUUCUUUGCUCUGAUCUGAGUGACCUGUGUGUCAUGCCAGCUACUUGCCCAACUUUCUCUUGACUAGCCCUUUACUCGUUCACUACACAGAGAAACACACUCAUUGACAUUCAUGCUUAUAUAUAGCACUUUGAGUGACUCUAGGCAAAUGAUCCCCCCCACCCCACCCCCCCCGAUAUGAGACGAAUCAUAAUGAAUGUUAAUUGACACAGUCCCUCAGACAUCUAGCCUGCCAACCAGCAAAGCACUGACACCAACACUCUACCUCACACAAUUUGUGACUGACUGGCACGGAAGCUCCCGCACUGACUGACUGACUGAGAUUGACUCGCCCCACUCAUGCACCACAUGAGUGUGAUGAUAUUUCAAACAAACACACGCGCACACACACACACACACACACACACACACAUACGUGUUAGGCGGGUAAUAAAAUCACUGCAAAGUUCAGUUAUUCCCUCAAUUGAUGAAAUGACUCAACAGUAUCAAUAUUUUUCUCAAAUUGUCACAGCUAUAAAUUAAAACUGCCAUGAAAUAUCACAUUUUGAAAAUUGAAAAAAUAAUUGCAAGAGUGCCUGGACAUCUAAAGGGCCUUGAAUUUUAUUCAUCAGUUAAUUCACGGCUUUAUAUGUCAUCAAAAUGCUUCAUUCUAGCACUGCCCGCUCACAUUUUUAGCCUUUAUACUGCAACCAAGUAAAAGAGAAUCAUCAGUAUAUUGCAGUGUAAAAUCUCAGUAGCAAGUGUAUUGUGAGACAUGAAUAUAAAUUGGGGGGAAAAAAAUCUAUUUUUAAGGUCUUUUGACUAUUCCUGCACACAUACAUUCAUUCAGUUUGACCCUGUUCUUCUUGUAUCUGUCAUUUUGUACCCAGUGCUGAUUAAUCCAAAGGAGAUCCGGGUUGAGUUUUCAUUCACACCUCACAGAGGAUUUUACCACCGAAAUAAUUGUAAAUAUUAGGACAAAAAUAUUUGUCUGGAACUCCCGUCAGUUGUGAACACGCUGCAGAGUCAACCAAUGAACAAAAUAAUGAGUUGAACAUAUGUGUCUUGGUUGUAAACAGUAUGACGUUUUGAUUUUUCUACAGUUCAUUUGAGUCAACUAUUUCUUUUUUUUUUUUUUUUUUAAAUCUCUGCAGUAUACAUGGAUUGUGAAAUCAGUGCUUUUGGAUGGUGUUGGCAUAGCAAGUAGUGACAUCAUGUCAUAUCAGAUGUGCAUAGUCCUUUUUCUUAAAAAAGAGGGGAGGGGGGUGCAUGUGAACCAAUGCAGUAACUGUCUGAUCUGUUUAUGUUUAUAUUCUGGCCUCUGCGCUGCUGGAGGCCUUGAAGUAGACCAAAUAACUAAAGAGCGAAAAAUACCCAUUUUUCACAUUUCUGUCACAGUAUAAGGUGUUUAUAACUAUUCUUCCUUCUCUCUUUCCUCAUUUUUCUUUAUUCAAUGUCCAAGUUGCCUUUCUUUUAACUUACUCUCAGCUGUUCCUUUAUUAUUUUGUACUGGUAUUUGUGCUGUGCUCUUGCUCUGCUCUGGCGCCUCCUGGUGGAACCAGUGAGUCCCACACCGGGUGGGGAAGGGAAAGGUACUGAACUCUGAAGUAAAGACAGAUUUUUUUGUACUUGUCCAUGUCUGUUUUUAUUCAUUUUUUAAAAAAUUGUUUGCUAAUCGUUGUAUUAAAAUGAGGGUUGGAAAACCCAGUAAAACAGA